CGACACAAAAGCAAAACACCAACAGUAAUAACAGCAGCAACGACAACAACAAUAACGAAAGGGAAUAGAUAAAGAUAAACAGAUAAAUGUGCGAGGUGCCUUGAAAGGCGGCGAUUAAUGCUUUUCCUGUAGCUUGUGAUCAAUUAAAACAGUAUGCCAUAUUCGACAUUUAUCACAGAAAUUUAACAACACAAAUAAGAAACAAACUUAGCAAAAAUGAACAGCAAUAACAAUAAUAACAGCAACAGCAAUAAUAACAACAAUAACGCUACACUUGAUAACACAUGUGACCAGGAUUACACAGAGUUUCUUAACGAGUAUUUACUGCAGACGAACUCGACAUGCAACGAGCCCGAGAUCCAUUACGAGGAUGGCGAAAUGGAGGCCGAGUGGCUUAUUUCAGCUGGAUAUCCGGAAUUGACAAAACCUUUUGAACAGGGUAUCGAGCUUCGCUCAACAGAUCUGGAGCCAGUUUUAGCGACAUUAUCGCGCCCACAUGCCGAGGCGAUUAAACAGCGAGUUCGAGCACUCAAUCACACAGUACGAGGACGCACAAAGAAUCGCUCCAAACGCAAACCAGACAUACGCGAUGUGUUCCGCGAUUUCGAUGAAUCGAGCACUGGUACAAGAUCUCGUAGUGCGACGCCCGACUCUUUGGACUCUGUGCAUGGCGACGAUGUGUGGGGCAAUGCUUCAAUCCCCAGUUUUGUGAGCAUUUUCGAUCACAACGCUGCCAACGAUAAUGUGAGUGGCUUUCCAUCGCUCAACAACAAACACAUGAAGCAGAAGAUACGUCGCACUCCAAGUGCUCCACUGAAAGCCUCCACUUCCACGGAUCUAUUUCGUGGCAGCCAAGUGCGCUGCGACAUUCCCAUGUAUUCGUCGGAGGGCAUCGAGUUGCUUGGCUUUUCACGCAUUGGCACCAUACACAUACCACGCAAUCGAUCCGGCUCAGAUCCGUCAUGUUCUGUGGGACGCGUGCGCGGUCAAAUUAUGCAGGAUUCGCAGAGUGAGAACAACACGUCUUCAGGUGACUCGAGCGACGAGUAUCAUCCAAAUGCUGCGCACAUUUCAACGACGUCGCCCGAGAAGAUACUCAACAAAAUGCACUUGGAGUCGCCGAAACAGGAAUUACGCGACUCGCAGUCAUCACGCGAUGGUAUUAGCUUUGAAAGCAUGUGCCGCGAUAAUUCUAGUCAGGAUGAUGGCAUUGAUGCAGUCGAUAACUGCGGCGUGGUCAUACAGGAAUCAUACUCCGAUAUUGACACCAUAAACGAGAUUGAUCUAAAGCGUUUGCAGCCAGUAUUUUGGCUGGAAUUGGCCACCGUCUUCGAUCGCAAUCAGGUGUCGUUGGACAAGCGAAAACCAUUCAAGAGGCGGCGGAAAGAGGAGGGCAGUCUGUUUGGCGUAUCGUUGAAUGCACUCAUACGUCGAGAUCAACAACUAUCCGGCAUGGACUCGACAUUAGUGCCGCAUUUCUUAGAGGGGCUGCUCGAGGAGUUGAUGAAGCGCGGCACCAGAGAAGAGGGUAUUUUGCGUGUAGCUGGACAGAAACACAAGACUGAAUUAAUUUACAACGAAUUAGAAUCAAGUUUUUACCAGAAGCCCGAAAAAUUCGCACAGCUACUGAGCGCCGCCAGUGUCCAUGAGUUGAGUGCGUUGCUGAAGCGUUGGUUACGCGAACUGCCCCAGCCAUUGCUAUCGAGUGAGCUCAUCCAACUCUUCUAUCAGUGUCACACGCUACCCUCCAUGGAUCAGAUGCGAGCACUGUCCAAUUUAUGUCAAAUGCUGCCACACGAAAAUCGUAACACACUGCGUUCGAUAUUGCGUUUCCUCAAUGCUAUCAUCGAUCUGCAAGAUAUUAACAAAAUGAAUUUGCACAAUGUGUCCACAAUCUUUGCACCAUCAUUCUUUCCACCACGUUACAUUCAUCCAACGGACAAAAACAGCAUUGCCGAGCAAGUGAAGAUGGCAGCAUUAUGCUGUCGCUUAACCAAUGUGCUUAUAACACGGGGCGAAGGUCUGUUUCAGGUGCCCGAUCACUUAAUUGCCGAAUCGCGCAACCAAAAGACUCGACAGGGUAAACGUGGCCAUCGCCGUGUCCAGAAAGUCUCGUCUUUGUUGCAUCCAACGUCAACAUCGGUGCCCAGCUCAUCGGGUGUUCAACAUUCUAGUAGCCGAGUCAGCGGUGAUCACGACAGUGGAUCGAGCAUUAGCCGCCGCCCCUCUUUCAAUCCGAGUCAUGUCCAUCGGUUUGUGGUCUGAGCUCAAAACGGUGCAAUUAAUGUCCUAUUCUCGUUUCGCUUCCAUUUCUUCGUUUCUUUCUGUUUCACUUUUUCUAUAAUUUAUUUUGUUUUGAAUUUACUAAUCUUACUAUUUCUUACUGCAUUCUUUAUUUAGUCUUGAUACGAUAAAAAAAAACAAAACCUUUAAAAAAGCUUUAGUUACUCAUGAAAA